AUGUGCUUCUUUCGCAGCAAGGAACCAAAGCAGAUGCAGUCGGUCGCUAAGGCACUUUACAAGCCGAGCACGAUCCCCCGCGCCCCCGUGAUGGAGGACUAUAACCCCGCUUCGAAUGGCAGCAAACCGCGCCUCGCACCCCCACGAGCGUCCACGGGCGGCAACUCGGUUUCCAGUGAACGAACAAGUGUCGCCGAAGCCGAGCGGGAGGUACAGCAAGCAGAGCUGCGCGCCCUCGUCACCCAGCGGCACAACAACGCUCCAGACUCGCCAUUCGUGUUCCCGGCCCUCGCUCCGUGGAUCGAGGCUGCCGAAUUCGCCGCUUUCCUCCAACAGGACGCCCUCGUCGAGGCCGGCGACGAGCUGGGCGAACACAAUUUCGAAGUCGACAUGGAAGCAGGUACACUCACGUUCAGGAGUGCGGACGGACGCUGCCUCGAAUGUAGGGCGCAUCUCCUGUGUUCGAUUGCGCCGGGUCCACGCUCGAUUCUUUGGGGAUGGGCACACCCGCGUGGAGACGAGGUUGCCGCCGGCUUGCUCAGAGUUGGAGAACAAUACCAGAUCCCGGAACUCAUGGCUGAGGAACUGCCGUUCCCAGACAACUUUGCGCCUACCGACGAAGACAUCUCGUCGCUAGCGCAUCAAAUUGGUGCGGCGGCCGUUGGUAUCCUCCAGCGAGGGCCGUACUAUUCGGCGCCGAAUGGCUCGUCGCGCGUCCUGUUUAUCCUCGACGCGCCGCUGCCGCCUCUCACCCUUGCCACGGCCGGGAUAAAAGCCCCUCGCAUCCUCGCAUCGGGGUCAAUCCACAAUGUGCGGCGUGCGGUCGAGGGUCUCGCGAGCAUGAUGAAGUGGAGGACGAGUCCCGUUGAACAAGGCCGUGGGAUAGAGCUCAACGACGGCACGAGCACGGCGACAGUCAUGUUUGACGAACUCGGGCGGUGGACUGGCUUCUCGGCGUCACUCUCAGGACAAGCAGCUUAG